GUGAAGGCAGCUGUUCAGCGCGCUGGCCCAUAUUGGCCGUCGGAGAGCUCGACAACAGUCCUCGUCGCCAGAGAACUAUUCCAUCCCACACUGUCUCAACAAAGUCCCCAAGCCGGCUGUUGGCUCUUCUGCACAAAGCCCAUGGCAGAUACCUCCAACAUUACACUUGGAGAUGCAUCUAAACUGCUAUGCGUAAAUUGUCGUCGCUCAAGGCAUGUUGUGGGUGUCUGUCCGGAGCCUCUCGGUCAACGAUUUCAGAAUCAAAACUGGGCGUACUCUUCUGAGCGCAUAGAGCUGCUUGCAAGAACACGGUACAACCUCGACGCAGAUUUAUGCCGGCGAUGCUCAGCACUGGACGUGUUGGCUAUGUUUGAGGGCACGCUGGCCUGGAACGAGCCUCUCUAUCCAAUUCCCGCUUCUGUGUACUCGAAAAGUCCACAUCACCGGAAUCUGGGCCGCGUCGAGAACGUCGAGUUUGACGAAGAUUGUCCACUUAGUGUCGGUCUUUUUGCACUGACACCUCGCCCCCACUCGCUCGACCAAGAAGUCCAUCUCAUUAUCGACUGGACUAUCCACCGGCUCGAACGACUCGUUGAGGUUGGAGCUCACCAGGAGCAUUUGUUUGAUAAGUGCCUCAUCGCUGAUCUCGCCUUUCCAGCAGAGGAUCUGGCAAUCGAUGAGCAUGAAGGAGAUGCCUUGACUAUCCUUCGUGAUCCUGCAAAUGGUCUACCGCUUGGAGGCCUGCUUGUUGACUCGGAUCAUGUUGAUUUGGACCUGGUCAGAAGCUACAUGCAGACAUGCGCCAGUCAUCACGCUUUGUCUUGUAAACCCAAAAUACCUGGACAACUUGGCAACUUCUCACUAAUUGACAUCGAAGCCCGGAAAUUGAUAGCCUAUCCAUCAUCACCCUGCGAUUACUUGGCCUUGAGCUAUGUCUGGGGUCCUGUCCGGGUCCCCAAGAUGAACGCCGAUGGAACGAUACCCAUCCUACCCGCUACGAUCGAGGAUGCACUUAGUCUAACUGCUAUGCUCGGCAAACGUUACUUGUGGGUUGACAGCAUUUGCAUCGACCAAACCGAUGAGGAGGAGAAGAAGCGACAGAUUCCUUUUAUGGCUGAUAUUUACCGUGGCGCCUACGCGACUAUCCUCUUACUCUGCGGCUCUUCUGCCGAUGAUGGAUUGACAAGAGUUGGAUCCCGGAGGGCACCUCAACCACAACUAUCAUUCCAUGUCGAUAAACAACGGCUUGUUGGUCUUAUGCCCACCUUGUCAAGGCAAAUUGCUUACACCGUAUGGGGAACACCAGCUUGGACCUUGCAGGAAGCACUCCUGUCUCCGCGGUGCAUCUACAUCACUGAUCAUCAAGCCUAUUUCGAAUGCAACGCGAUGCAAUGCAGUGAGUCAAUUGAUGUAACGAGGUCAUGGAUCCACAACUCCGCGAGAGACCUCGAAACAAUGCGGGACAACCGCGAAGGCAGCAAACACGGCCACGGCACCCUUCGCAACACCACUCUCGGGCUUGGACGGCCUCAGGAUCCGAUGAUGGCCUACGGAACGCUGAUUGCUCUGUACUCGUACCGCUUCAUGACCUACCAAUCAGACGCCAUCAAUGCCUUUGCUGCCAUUCUUCAGCACCUCACCGAGUUCGUCUUCGACCACGGGUUUUACUAUGGUCUUCCUGAAGACGACCUCAACUGGUCAUUGCUAUGGUGCGGGCAGGACCAGCUGCAGCGACGGCCUGGCUUUCCGGCCUGGUCCUGGGCCGGCUGGGAGGGGGCCAUCCAUCCGGGCUGGCCAUCCGAGGUCAGCGGUCCCACGCAGCCAUUCUGGACCCAUUUCCACGCGUGGAAACUCCACGACGGUCUCCCAAAGCUUGCAUUUCCUCACCACACGAAAAUGUCGCAAGAGAAUGUUUUCACCGUCGAAACCGCCUUCGAUAUGGACCCCGUCCCGGUGCUGGACCAUGAUCUGCUCCAGCAAGCCUUGGCCUCCGAUCACCGGGACAGCUGUCUGCUCCUCGACUGCAUGGUCUGGCGAACCAGUAUUGAACUCCUAGAUCACGUUCCGGGUUAUGACUACGGACCUUUCCGUUAUUUUGCGAUCCGAUUGAACCGUGUGAGACGCUUGGUUCGAGCACCGGUGCCGUGGACGUCGUCGACAGAUGUCGGCCGACACGUGCCAGGAAGUGGAGAGCCUGCGACUUUCAUUCUCACCGGCCGUGACACCUGUUAUAUCGAAGGGACGACUUGGGUGGUACACCACUUCCUGCACGCCAACAUCACGAGCGAUCGAGAGGCGGUGAGGCGGGGUGUCAUGCAUUUGCUGGUGCCUAAGAGUCGGCCUCGGGCUCUUGACGGCGUGGUCGUGCGGCGCAUGAGUCUCGUGCUUAUCUGACUCUGUUCUGAGCGCCAAGGGAAUGCUCAAACCCAGCUUGUCGCACGAACUUCACAAGAAGUCUAGUCGCGCCUUCAAGGGAAAAGAGGGCAGUGAAGGGGGCGUGGUAGGGAAGGCACUUUUACAACCUUUUUUAAGCGAUCACUCACUCUGUGACGAGACGAUCGGGAACUAAAGUCUCAACCUACAAAAUGAGACAUACUGGCUAACUGACAUGGCGACUUAGCUCAUGAGCGGUAGUGAUACAUCAUACCAGUCGAUCUAUCAUCGAAUUGGACCACAAAUUCCCAAAGGAAAGGUUUUCUGAAGGGGUUUACCCAAUUCUUUUUAACCAUGGCUGGCUGGAUAUUAACCCUGGGGCCUUUUUCUACUGAGACCCUCUCCAUCUCUAUCGUUUCUGCCCACACACAAUGUAUCUGCGAAACCCCGUUUAGCA